AUGACCUCACCAAAGAGGGCAACUAUAGACAUUUCACAAGAACCAUUCGACAUUCCUCAGCAGACGACCAAGCCAGCGACAUCAACAACAUCGACGACAUCGACUACAUCAACUGCAUCGACAAAGGACAGUCCUCCCUCACUGAAUAGAAGUGGCGACAAGUUAAAGAACAAUACAACAACAAAGAUACUGGAGGUCAACGAUUAUGACGACAUCAUGGACACGAUCAUGGAUGUCGAGGCACUGCGCAAACGACGACUGAGCCAGGACGACAUCAUCAUUUCAAAGGUACUAACGGUCAUUCGAAACAGACGACUGAAGGACAUCAUUGACUCGGACUACAACGACCCCAAGUGGCGACUGGUGCGCGACCUCAACCAGAACACCACCAACCCGACCCAACCGCUCACCAGUCGGGAGCUGGCGCUGGUCGACCGCUACUUUGACCUCUCCAAGAAGGACCCUGAUACACCCAACGAAUACGACUACACUCUCUGUCUGGCAUUGUCUGCGAUCAUUGGCCGCGACAUCUCCAUCAUUGAGGUGCACUUCAAAUCGAUAUUUCAGAAGGAGCCCUACAACAUUGAACGCGAACGAGACUGCAAGCAUGUCCUGCGCGCAUUGAAGAAGCUCACCAAGUUCACCGAGAUCACUCCCGAGACUACGCCAUCAUCACUCCCAACGACAACCACCACCACCACCACCACCUCCUCCUCCACCAAUGUAUAUAACGAUAUCAACAACAACAACAAGAGGACAAAGGAACAUCCAAGCGUGGACAGCUUCACAAUCACAGUGCCUCAUCCACCUUUGAAGAGACUGAAGGAGACUGCGAUAAAGAGUAGCCACGACAGGAGGGUUGUGCUGUGGCAGGACAAGGAUGUGGCUAAGGGCCGACUAUCAUUCCCCCUGCCGGCAAAGAACGAGGUGGACGGCAUACCCCUGCAGUCGUUCGACUGGACAUUCCGAUGCUUCACCAACAUCGAGGUGCCCGUCAACAAGGAGGAGUUUGAGUUUGGCUGCGAGUGCAUUGGCGACUGCCACGCGCCAGAGAACAUUGGCAAGUGUUCGUGUCUGGCCGAGAACGGCGGCCCCUACUACACCGAAAAUGGCCAACUGAUCACAUUUGGCGCCGAGCCGCUGGAAGAGUGCAAUGACAAGUGCGCCUGCGCAGCCACCUGUCACAACAAGGUCGUGGAGAGGGGACAGCAGUACUUCUUGGAGCUGUACAAGACCAGCACCAAGGGCUGGGGCGUGCGCUCAUGUGUGGACAUUCCAGAAAAGACAUUCGUCACCGAGUACACUGGCGAGAUCAUCACCACUGAUCUCGCCAAUGAACGUGGACAAGACUAUGACAGUCGUGGACUGUCCUACCUCUUUGACCUACCCGACGCGAUGCACACCAUUGACGCCACCGAGCACGGCAACGAAUCCAGGUUCAUCAAUCAUUCAUGUGAUCCAAACCUAUCAACUGUUACAAUGAUUGACUCCAGCGAUAGAAGGUUCGUCAAGAUCAUGUUCUUUAGCAAUAGACCGAUAAUGAAGGGCGAGGAGCUCUCCAUCGACUACCAAUAUCAGAUACCAAACGAUGCUGGCGCCAAGAAGAAAGGCAGGAAGAAGAAAGGAAGGAAUGAUAUCCUAUGCAUGUGUGGAUCAUCUAAGUGCAGAGGAUGGCUAUGGAGAGAGGCUUCCUAG